AUGUCAAGGAAAAGACGGUCGCUGGACGUAUCGCCCUUUUCCCAUCCAUGGACAGAUGACUUUUGGUCAUGUCACCCACCCAAAUGUCUUGAUGAAUGGUUGAUUCUCGAUAUUAGUAGAGCUAUCCGCAAUAAAAAUGGUUGGGAACACAAGCUUAAUGAUCCGGAGAUCGUUGCCAAAUGGAAGGCCGAGAUCGAAGAGCAAAAACCACAAUCGCAUAGCUUCGAAGAAGUAUUUGAGUAUGUCCUUCAAGAGCUCGAUUGGUAUAGAGCUCAACAAGAAGGCGAUCUAAGCAAAAGUGGCUUUAGAUACUCGAUUAAUACCUAUAUUCUCUACAGCGACAGGGCAGUAUCAGAAAGUACCAAUCAAAGAUUGAGAAUACUCGAGCUGAAAUUAGAAGCUUCAACCGCCAAAGAUUAUCAUCCGAAUUCCAAUGAUCUUGUUGUGGAUGUUGUACACCCGUCCUUAUAUCCAGUUGUAUAUGGACAAACAGAGGAGUACAAAAAUGGGGUUUUGUCUAAGAUUGAGUACACUGAAAAUAUUAAAUGCGUCAAGCGCCGAGUUUUGGAUUUUGGCGUAUCGCAGAAUUUCCAGUGGCUUCCUGCUAAGUUGGUGUAUGACAAGGACGCUGGCGGCUUUUGUUUUUCAUCUUACAUCAAUAAUCUACACCCAAUAGAUUUUGCAGAUCUAUAUCAUGAAAUAGAAAAUGUUUUCAACUCGUGCUUGUCAGGAUUAACCAGAUGUUUGUCUCAUUGCGCUUCUGAUGAAUACAUCAGAGUGGAAGUGCCUACCUAUGACGAUGCCUAUGACGAGAAGUAUCAUGAAAAAAGGGAGGAAAUAGACGAGCUUGAUCUAACACUUGACCAAGAGCUAGAGUACGAUCUCUUGUUGGAGCAAAUGAAGCCUGAGUUCGUCAAAAUAACAAUCCCGCUAUGGAAAGGGGGUCCAGCCAUUACGCCGUUCGACUUGACAUCUUUCGAUCACUUGAAAGUCAUUGUGAAGCUUGCAAAUAUUGAGUUGACCCCUGAAAAGCCCAGAUAUGACGGCGGGUCCUGGCACGUAGAGGGUACCAUCAAUAAGGACAUCGUUGCCACCAUCCUAUACUACUACGAUGUUGAGAAUAUUCAGGAUUCCAGAUUGUCAUUUGGAGAAUCGAUCGAUGAUCCUAAGGCUGAUCAGGGCGACGAGUUCUACUGCCAGUACUAUCAUGGUAUCAAUAACGAAGAUCUAAUGUUCAAGGCCGCUGGCUCAGAGGAGACAAAAAACGGCCGUGUAAUUGUUUUUCCAAAUGUAUUUCAGCACCAUGUCGAUGCAUUUGAAUUGGCAGAUAAAAAUAAGCCUGGCCACAGGAAAGUAUUGUGCUUCUUCGUGGUGGACCCAUACAAUCAACUAGUGAAAACAAGCGAGACAGUUCCGCCCCAACAAGAAGAGUGGAUCCAAGAUGAAAGAAUUAUUGAGAAGUAUUUUCCCGGAGCUAGUGGUCUCAAAUCCGUAUCGAGAGAUGAGGCGUUGAAGAACAGAGAGAAGCUAAUGGCCGAACGAAGUCUCGCCGUUAGCACUGAGAUUGAGGAGGGCUACGCUGCAUUUUACCGAAAGUUUGCUCUUUGCGAGCAUUAA